AUGCCAACACCAUCAAGUGGAAUAGAAUCAUCUAAUCAAACGCCACAGGACCAAAAUGACCAUCAUCACAAGGGUAUCCCCUCUGCUUCUCCUCCACCAAUGCCAAUAAAAUCCAAAUCAACUUCAAAUUUACCUACAUUAACCGAUACCAAACCAACUCUAUUCCACGAUUCAGAUGUCAUGUCCAGUGUAACUACUCCAAUCCACCAAGCACAGCUUCAUCGUAGUCACGAUUUGAUAGAUUUAGGACAAGAAGAAACUAAUAUCCCUGACCCAAUUGCUGCUGCUUCUCAUCAACCACAGUCGGUACACAGUUUACCACCAUUACCUAGAGAAGAAAGCUAUAUCCCUAUUGGUCAGAUCAUAUUACGGUAUUUGGAACGUUGGAUACUUGGAUUAAUUGAAAGGCAUAGAAAUGGGCCAUAUUUUUAUCCUAUUGCCAUUACAGUUGUUGUAGUGGUUGUAGUAUUGGUGUUGACACUUGUAUUUACUGGUAAUUUCAAUGCUUUGAUGAGGAUCUUACAACAUUUGAUUUGUGAAUUGAUUCAACAGUUUAAACCUUCAUCCACAAUUCAAUUCUGCAUGUAA